AGUUGAAGACCAAGCUGCUUCGCCUAAAAAGUUUUCGUCUCGCCCAUUUCGAACGCCGACGAUAAAUUCAAAAAUAGAGAUAAAGACAAACGAACUCUGAAGUUCAUGCCAUCACUCAAAUGUGAUGGCACAACUGAAGAUUUGUUGCUUUAUCUCUCUUCGGAGACGAGAUUGGUACGCUUGGUAUCAAUUGACUAUGCAGGUCUUUCAACCAACUUGGGGGAUUUACGAUCAUUUGUAAGUGAUUACAAGUGCAUCAAAGAAAUAGUUAUCGACAAAGGGCAUCGUGUAGAAGUGUUUCCAAGGAAACAACUUCUUAAAGACGAUGAGGUUCUUUUGUUCCACUGUCGUGACAAGUCAGUCGUUCACAAUAAGCUUUUCACUUCAUUACUGUAUUUGAAACAUCAGUGUAGAUUACCCAUUUAAAAAACUACCCAAUGGAAGACCACACCGUGCAUUUUGGAAAGGGCACGUUUAAUUGGCCAAAUAAUAAAUUCUGCUUUUUUUUUGUA